UGAAAAUACUACACAGGAAACGUAAAGCAGCUGAUCCGGAAGUACUGUGUAAAUCUGACCUCUAUUCAUGGAUGCCUUCAUCUCAACAGCAUGAGAAACUCCUGCGAUAAGUUUGGUGCUUCGUGUUUGAACAUUUGAGGAUAGUUUGAAGAGGCAGACUUCCUGCUCGCUUUGCGUUUCCAUACACCUUUAUAUUAGCGUGUUAGCAUUAGCAUUAGCUCACGUCCGUGCAGUACAAUGUCAGCAGCACCAGCAGCAGCAGGAGGAGGAGCAACAGGAGGAGCAGCAGACGCCCCUAAAUCCAACCAGAUGUUCAAGAACUGCUGGAGUUGCCGCCUCAUCUCCGGGGGUGGUUUGCUCAUCUCCGGGGCUUAUGUGUUCAACGCAGCCCGGAAAGUGAUGCGUCUAGGCGGAGCCACAUCAGUGGGGACAGUGGCUCAGAUUACAUUCGCUGCAUGUUUGGCUUCAUGGGGGAUCGUUAUCAUCGCUGACCCAGUCGGAAAAGCAGAGAGGAAAACAUGAAGACUGUUCAGGAACGGAUCAUUUCAGAAUGAAUGUGUAUAUUAUCUCAACAUGGACACCAAGUGAAAGAAGCUGCUGUUGAGAUAUCAAAUGAAAAAUUAUCUGUUGUGUUGUGAGGUUUGAUUUGUAUUGGCACUGAAUGGACUGACCGAGCAUCGUGUAAUAUA